AAUCAAAAUCCCCUGGAGGCACGGUAGAUUGCAAUGAGUUUCACAACCUGCUAAAUCAAGAAAGCCUUGUCAUCAGAAAAUAGAAGACUAGUAAUAACAAAGCAGGAAACCAAAAGCCAAGGCCAAACCCAUUUCAAACACAGCCUGAAGCGUCAAACAAGCUCGACGAAGCAACCCAACAUUUUCGCUAUUCCCGAGGAGGAAAAGUAGCUCAAGAACCAAUACAAUCUCGUUUUCAUUUCCCAGCUGAAGCCCAAAUCACUGCGAUCUCUCUUCGUUUUGGCCAACGUAUUGUAAUUUGCUAUUGACCCAAUUGACGGCAAGUUUUGUGUAUUGGGGAUUUUAAGUUUGGUCAGCGGCGGAAACCAAGUUGAAAUCGGAAUGGCCGCCGCUGCGGCGUGUAAACGGGUCGCCCAAUCCGGGUUCGGAGCUCUCGGCGGUUCCAAACUGAUUUCUCCGAGUUUGCCGCACAGGCAUUUGGAUUGCAGGCUCAUUUCCUCCGAGCUUGUCAAAUCUACUAAUGGAAAGCGCCUUUUUCUUGUUGACACAUUAGCUUUGGUUAGGAGAUUAGAGGGGCAAGGGGUGCCCUCCAAGCACGCCGAGGCCAUAACAGCUGCCAUCACUGAAGUUUUGAAUGACAGCUUGGAGAAUGUGUCUCAGUCGUUUGUUUCCAAGGCAGAGCAGCAGAAAAAUGAGAUGAUCCAGGACUCAAACUUGUCCAAAUUCAAAUCCGAAGUUCAAAGUUCACAGGGACACCACUUUUCUUUGUUGCAACACGAGACUGAAAAACUUCGGAAUGAUAUAGAGAAGAUGCGCAAUGAAUUGAGGUAUGAAAUCGACAAAGUUACUGCAGGGCAAAGGUUGGACUUGAAUCUUGAAAGGGGGAGGAUACGGGAAGAGCUAGCAAAUCAGAAUGCUGAAACCAAUAACCUUACUAACAAACUUGAUCGGGAAAUUCAUGCUUUGCGUGCACAAGUGGAAGCCGCAAAAUAUGAUGUCAUAAAAUACUGCAUAGGUACACUUGUCUCCAUAUCUGCUGUUGGUCUUGCUGUACUACGUAUCUUGAUGUAAACUUUGUUCCAUAGUUACUGGUGACAAACCCAAUAGGGGAAACUAUGGAAAGGUUCAUUCUUUUCAGUAACCUUUUCAAGCAAUCAAGCAGUUGUUGUAUUUUUAAGAAAUAUGCUAAAGACAUGAAUGAUAAUGCAAGUAAAUCAUCGUCAAUGGGGCUUAAGGAAGAGUUUUCAGUUACCUUAAGCCCAUACUCAUUUGCCACUCA